AUCCAAGGUGAUACACUGCAAAAAUGAUUCAGCUGACAGCUACCCCUGUAAGUGCACUUGUUGAUGAGCCAGUGCAUAUCCAAGUUACAGGCCUGACUCCCUUUCAGAUGGUCACUCUUCAGGCAUCACUGGAAGAUGAAAUAGGAAGAUUCUAUUAUUCUCGAGCAUACUAUAGGGCCAAUGAAGCUGGUGAGGUGGACCUGGAGCAUGCUGCUUCACUUGGAGGUGACUAUGUGGGAGUCCAUCCCAUGGGUCUCUUUUGGUCCCUUAAACCUGAAAAGUUAUUAAGUAGACUUAUGAAAAGAGAUGUGACUAGACCCUUCCAAGUCCAAUUAAAAGUUUAUGACCUAGAUGGUCUACUAGACAAUAAACCUGCCAGUGCUCCAAAGGCCAGUCUGACUUUGGAGAGGUGGUAUGUGGCACCUGAUGUCACACGGAUCCAGGUCCGAGAAGGCCGCCUUCGGGGAGCCCUUUUUCUCCCUCCAG